GGCGCCACUUCCGCUGCGGAUCCGCGGCCAAGAUGGCGGAUCUGCUCAGCUCAAUCCUGAGCUCCAUGGAGAAGCCGCCGACUGUCGGCGAUCAGGAGACCCGCCGCAAGGCCCGAGAGCAAGCGGCUAGAUUGAAAAAGAUGCAGGAGGAAGACAAGAAACAGAAAGCAGAAUUCAGGAAGCGGAUGGAGAGGCUGAUCUCAGAUUUUAUCCAGAGCAGUACACAGAAGAAGAAGAAGUUUGAUCCAAUGAACAAACUGGAGAGGAGUAUUUUGCACGAUGUGGUUGAAGUGGCUGGACUGACUUCAUUCUCAUUCGGAGAGGACGAUGAGAGCAGAUACGUGAUGAUCUUCAAAAAAGAAUUUGCUCCUUCCGACGAGGAACUUGAAGCCUAUCGGAGAGGCGAGGAGUGGGACCCACAGAAAGCUGAGGAGAAGAGACGCAUCAAGGAGUUGGCUCAGAAGGAAGAGGAGGAAGCUGAAACUCGAGGCCCCCCGAAGGAGACUUGCCCCAGCACCAACUAUAAGGAGAAGUACAGCCAUUUAAUUGGGACUGUGGCAGCAAAGGAGGGGGCACAGACUCUGCAAGCAAACAAGGCAUAUGGCUGUGUGCCCACAACCAACAAAAGGGACACCCGGUCAAUCGAAGAAGCCAUGAAUGAAAUCAGGGCCAAAAAGAAGCUGAAACUGUCGGAUGAAGGAACAAGCGGAUCGAGUGGACUGUAAGAGGCUUGAACCCCGAGCGCCAAGACCCCCCCUCAGGAGGAGAAACUCCCCCCCCACCCCCCCUGCUCGCGGCUGUUAGAACCGUGCUUUGUUGUACCUGGCUGGGGGUGGGGGUGUGCAGUUUGGGGCAGCGGGAGAGGGGUGAGGGGGUGGGGGAGGAGUGUCUCUGGAUGCCGACAGUUUUCCUGGCCCCGGGGCCUGGAACAGUUUCCUGUGAAGUGUAUGAAGGAAUGUUUUAUCUCCGCCAUCUUCUUCCUGCUCCCUUGCUGACCCUCAGUCCACCCCAUCCCCACUCCUCUACCCACCCCCCCCCCCAACCCCCCGCGGUCAAUUCUCAAUGAUCGUUCAGCACUGUCACGGUGUGAAGUACAAGAAAAGAUAUAAAUGAUCGGUUGUUAAUGAGGUGAAAUUGGUUGAAGUUUUUUUUUAAGUGAAGCAAGAUUUGAUGUCAAGUUCCUAAACUGAAACAGAUCACCCACAGGAAUCUCUGCCUCUGGCAGCCAUUGCGUGUCCUGAAUUCUGAGCUUUUUUGCUUUGCUCAUUCCCGCAAGAUACCAGGUUCCAAACUGUGGCCACCCCCGACCCCUGCCCCUGGAACCCCCCGACCCCUGCCCC